ACCCGCUUCCCCUAUUCUCUCGCUCUCUCCAAUCAUGGUGGCGGCGAUGGGGCGGGCGGCGGCAGCGGACGAGGAGGAGGACGUGGAGUUCGUCGACUACGACCAGGACGACGAGGACGCCAUGGAGGAGGACGGCCGCGCCGUCCGCGCGCUCCCCGUGCCCCACAUCGUCUCCCCGGCCGUGGUGCGCACCCGCGGGCGCUUCGCCGGCUGCAGCCCCUCCGUCCUCGCCCCCAGCCGCGACCGCUUCGACUCCCUCACCGACGAAGGCGACAACGGAUACGGCCCGCAGCGCUCUAUUGAAGGAUGGACAAUUCUUGUCUGUGGAGUUAAAGAAGAUGCAGAAGAAGAAGAUCUGCACAACGUUUUCGGUGAAUUUGGUCGUGUCAAGGACUUGCAUUUGAAUCUAGAACGCCGCACUGGAUAUGCCAAGGGAUAUGCGCUGAUUGAAUAUGAAAGCUUUGAGGAAGCACAGGCUGCGAUCAGAGCAAUGAAUGGGACUCAGCUGUUGACAAAGACUGUCUAUGUUGAUUGGGCAUUCAGCAGAGGUCCUAUAAAGAACGCCAUGAGCACAAGGCCACCACGCCCAAGAUCCAGGACUCCACCGCGCAGGCUUAAUGCCUUGAUGCUGACGCCAUAUUGAGUGGGGAGUGGUGGCUAGGGUUAUGUGUCAGUUCUAACUGGUUAUGUUUGGGCGAUGAGCAGCAGCUAAACAAUGUGAAAGUGUCUUUUGUAACCUGAACCUCGACUCUGUUAGGCUUCUUGUAUCUGUGCUUAGCUUGUUCAGCUUUAGCUCUGAAACUUGGGGAGGCUGCUAGACUCUGCUGACUUAACCAUGCGCCCAUGCCAAAGGUUGUCUGGUGUGUAAGAUCAGUGUCACGACGGUAAGGAGGUUUGUUGGGUGUGCUUUGGAACGUAUC